AUGGAUCGUCUUGAUUUGGAUAACUACACUGUAAUUAACCAGAUUGGAAGCGGAGCUUUCGCAAGUGUAUUCUUUGCCAUUCAUAAAAGGACAAGCCAUAGAGUUGCCAUUAAAAGAAUAUCGAGAUUAGAAAACAAUGAAGAUGGCUUACAAGACUCAAGAAUUGAAUUUGAAAUCAGCAUAUUGCGUAAGCUGCAUCAUCCGUUCAUUACUGAGCUUUAUGAAGUAAUAAUUACCGAAGAAUUUUACUACCUAGUAAUGGAAUAUAUCCAAUGCGGCACAUUACUGAAUUACUUGAAUGAAAAGAAUUCAUUCCAAGAAAGAGAUGCCCAGUUUCUCUUUGCUCAGAUCAUGCUUGCCAUUGAUUAUCUUCACAACGAUUUGAAUAUUGCUCAUCGUGAUAUUAAGGCAGAGAAUAUUCUGUUUGAUAAUCACAGUAACGUAAGACUUAUUGAUUUUGGUUUAAGCCAGAUUCCAAAAGAGGACACAGCAAUGACAACUUUAUGCGGUUCACCAGCGUACGCACCACCAGAAAUGAUUAUAGGUAGCACUUACAAUAAAACAGCCGAUAUUUGGAGCUGUGGAAUCGUUUUAUAUUCAAUGAUUUUCAGAAGACUUCCAUUUUAUCAUGAUAACGCUACAUUAAUGGCAAAGCAAAUUGUCUAUAAUGAGCCCGAUAUUCCGUCUUCAGCUUCUCCAAACUUAGUAGAUUUAUUGAAGAAGAUGUUGGCAAAAUCUCCAAGUUUGAGACCAUCAGCUGCUGACGUUUUGAAACAUCCAUGGCUUGCUAGCGCUGUUGAAAAUAUUCAAUACAUUCUCAAGGGAAUUUCUUUUGAUUUUGAACGCCAAGUUUCAAACGCUGGCAUCAAUAUUGAAAUCGCUAAGCAAGAUAUUGAAAAUGGAAUUGAUUCUGAAGAGGCUGUCCUUUAUAAGAUCAUCAAGAAAGUCGGUUUGGGUGAUUGCAUUCCAAACUUCAUUCAUGAAAGACGUGUGAGACGUGUUUCAUCAAGAGAUGCACUGCCAAGACUGAAGACAGAUCAAAUGGUCGAAAAUCUUUCCAAGAAUACUUCGCCGAUCAGAUUAUCUUCCCGCAUCAAUUCAAAGAAGAAGAGAAUUUAUUCUCCUAUUGUUAGAUACUAA